GCUGGUACUCCAUGGAGAUGGCUGGGAUUGUGUGCUACACUGGAGCCAACAUCAUCACACAGGCUAGGGAGCUGGUGGAACAGAUUGGGAGACCCCUGGAGCUGGAUACAGACGGGAUCUGGUGCGUCCUCCCCAACACCUUCCCUGAGAAUUUCGUUGUCAAGACGACCAACGAGAAGAAGCCCAAGGUGACGAUCUCCUACCCUGGAGCCAUGCUGAACAUCAUGGUCAAGGAGGGCUUCACCAAUCACCAGUACCAGGAGCUGAAGGACCCGGCCUCACUCACCUACGAGACUCGCUCAGAGAACAGCAUCUUCUUUGAGGUGGAUGGGCCUUACCUAGCUAUGAUCCUUCCUGCCUCCAAGGAGGAGGGCAAGAAACUGAAGAAGAGGUACGCAGUGUUCAAUGAGGACGGCUCUCUGGCUGAGCUCAAGGGCUUUGAGGUGAAGCGCAGGGGGGAGCUGCAGCUUAUCAAGAUCUUCCAGUCCUCUGUGUUCGAGGCCUUCCUCAAGGGCACCACGCUGGAAGAGGUCUACGCCUCCGUGGCCACGGUGGCAGACUACUGGCUGGAUGUGCUCUACAGCAAGGGUGCCAAUAUGCCGGAUGCUGAGCUGUUCGAGCUGAUCUCGGAGAAUCGCUCCAUGUCGCGCCGGCUGGAGGACUAUGGAGAGCAGAAGUCCACGUCCAUCAGCACGGCCAAGCGGCUGGCGGAGUUCCUGGGUGACCAGAUGGUGAAAGACGCCGGGCUGAGCUGCCGUUACAUCAUUGCCAGGAAACCGGAGGGCUCGCCCGUCACAGAGAGAGCCAUCCCGCUGGCCAUUUUCCAGGCAGAGCCCAGCGUCCGCAAGCACUAUCUGCGCAAGUGGCUGAAGACCCCCGCCUUGCAUGAAAUGGAUAUCCGCACUAUCCUCGACUGGAACUAUUACAUUGAGAGGCUGGGCAGCGCCAUCCAGAAAAUCAUUACCAUCCCAGCCGUCCUGCAGCAGGUAAAGAACCCCGUUCCGAGGGUGCGGCACCCCGACUGGCUGCACAAGAAGCUUCUGGAGAAGAACGACAUCUACAAGCAGAAGAAGAUCAGCGAGCUGUUCAGCAGUGAGGGAAAGAAACAGGUGGUGUCUCACCAGCCGGCAGGCAGCAACAGUGAGGGCGGGGGGGUGGGUGACAUGGAGGACUUUGGAGUGAAGCGGGGCCCCCUGCAGCCCGCCAUCCCCAUCAGCACCAAGCGGAAGCGCGUCUCUCUGGGGGAGGAGAGCCAGGCGGAGUCCCAAGAGCUGGAGCUCACGCAAUCCUGGAGGGAGGUCCUGGGGCCUCCCCCUCCCAGCGGGAACACACGGGAGGACAGGCUGGUCUGGCUUCGUUAUCACAAGAAGAAGUGGGAGCUGCAGGCUCGGCAGCGGCGGGAGCGCAGUAAGAAGCGCAGGCUGGCGGACGGGGAGGUGCAGCCCACGGGGGGAGGAGCGAUCCGGGGCGGCCCCACCACGGGGCUGGGCAGCUUCCUCAGGAGAACCGCCCGCAGCAUGCUGGACCUGCCCUGGCAGAUCGUGCAGAUAGCAGAGACGAGUCGGCCAGGCCUAUUCAAGCUCUGGGCGGUGAUCGGCUCUGACCUCCACUGCAUGAAGCUCAAUAUCCCGAGAGUCUUCUACGUGAACCAGAGAGUGCCCAAGCAAGAGGAGGGGACUUUGUACAAGAAGGUGACCCGGAUCCUGCCGCGCUCCAACGUGGUGUAUAACCUGUACCAGUACUCUGUGCCCGAGGAGAUGUACCAGGAGCACAUCAACGAGAUCAACGCAGACCUCUCCGCGCCUGACAUCGAGGGGGUCUAUGAAACGCAGGUUCCCCUGCUGUUCAGAGCCUUGGUCCAACUGGGCUGCGUCUGCAUGGUCAACAAGCAGCUGUCCCGAGAGAUGGCCGGCCGGGAGGCUGACACCUUUGACCUAGAGCACCUUGAGAUGAGGUCGCUGGCCCAGUUCAGCUACCUGGAGCCAGGCAGUGUGCGUCACAUCUACCUGUACCACCACGGCCAGGGCAACAAGGCUCUGUUUGGACUCUUCAUUCCCUCCCAGCGCAAGGCCAGCAUCUUCGUCUUGGACACGGUCCGCAGUAACCAGAUGCCCAGCCUGACGGCCCUGUACACUGCGGAGCGCACCGCUUUGCUGGAGAAGCUGGGAGAGGACCUGCUGCCCCCCGAGAAACACACCUUCGAGGUGCGGGCCGAGAGCGACCCCAAGACUGUCUACCGGGCUCUGCAGAGGGCACUGCUCAACUACAAGGACGAGCGCCGCGGGCCCACCCUCAUCGCAGUGCAGUCCAACUGGGAGCUGCGACGGCUGGCAGCCGGGAUGUCGGUGCUGGAGGAGUUCCCUGUGGUGCCGGUGCACGUGGUGGACGAGAUCAACUACAGCGUACUGGACUGGCAGCGCCACGGGGCACGGAGGAUGCUGCGGCAUUACCUCAACCUGGACAGCUGCCUCUCGCAGGCCUUUGACAUGGCCAGGUACUUUCACCUGCCGGUGGGUAACCUGCCCGAGGAUGUGUCCACCUUCGGCUCUGACCUGUUCCUGGCACGGCAUCUCCGCCGCCACAACCACCUGAUGUGGCUCUCCCCCACCGCGAGGCCUGACCUGGGGGGCAAGGAGGCAGACGACAACCGUCUGGUGAUGGAGAGCGAGGAGAGGAACUCUGUGGAGCUCAACACUCAUGGCUGCUACUCCACAGUGUGCGUAGAGCUGGACCUGCAGAGCCUGGCUGUCAACACCAUCCUGCAGUCUCAACACGUCAAUGACAUGGAGGGCGGCGCCAGCAUGGGGGUGAGCUUCGACGUCAUCCAGCAGGCCUCCCUCGAGGACAUGAUGUCGGGCAACCAGGGCGCAAGCUCGCUGGCCAGCUACGACGAGACUGCCCUCUGCUCAAACACCUUCAGGAUUCUGAAGAGCAUGGUUGUGGGCUGGGUGAAGGAGAUCACUCAGUUUCACAACGUCUACGCUGAUAAUCAGGUGAUCCACUUCUACCGCUGGCUACGCUCCCCCAGCUCCCUGCUGUACGACCCGGCGUUGCACCGCACCCUGCACAACAUGAUGAAGAAGGUCUUCCUGCAGCUGGUAGCUGAAUUCAGGCGCCUGGGUUCCUCUGUGGUUUAUGCCAACUUCAACCGCAUCAUCCUGUGCACCAAGAAACGAAGAAUCGAGGAUGCCAUCGCGUACGUGGACUACAUCACCAACAGCAUUCAUUCCCGGGAGAUUUUCCACUCUCUCUCCAUUUCCUUCUCUCGCUGCUGGGAGUUCCUGCUCUGGAUGGAUCUGGCAAACUACGGAGGGAUCAAAGGCAAACUGCCGUCCAGCGUGCACUACGGAGAGGAGGACAAGAGCAGCUCAGCACGCCGCCGGCGAGAGGAGCAGGAGGGCAGCGAGGAUGAAGAUGAAGAGACAGCGCCGCCUGGUGGCGAGGAGGAGGAGCAGCUGGAGAGCGAGGAUGUGGAGGAGCUCAUCGAGAGUAACUGGAACAUCAUGCAGUACCUGCCCCAGACCGCGUCCUGCCAGAGCUACUUCCUAAUGAUCGUCUCCGCCUAUAUCGCAGCUGUCUAUCACAGCAUGAGGGAGGAGCUACGCCGCAAUGCUCCUGGAGCCACGCCCAUCAAGCGGAGGGGGGGCAGCCAGGUUUCCCAGGAGGCCGUGGGUGACAGCAACGCUCUGCCUGGAAUGAUCACGUUCUCCCAGGAGUACGUCUCCAGCGAGCUCACCCAGAACUUCUUCACCAUCACCCAGAAGAUCCAGAAGAAGGUGACGGGUUCGAGGAACGCCACAGAGACCUCGGAAAUGUUCCCAGUGCUGCCGGGAUCCCACCUUCCCCUCAACAACCCAGCGCUCGAGUUCAUCAAAUACGUCUGCAAGGUGCUGUCCUUAGACUCCAACAUCACCAACCAGGUGAACAAGCUGAAGAGGGAUCUGCUGCGUCUGGUGGACGUGGGCGAGUUCUCUGAGCAUGCCCAGUUCAAGGACCCCUGCCAGUCCUACAUCUUGCCCGAAGUCAUCUGCCGGCACUGCAACUUCUGCCGAGAUCUGGACUUGUGCAAGGACCCCUCGGUGGUGCAGGACGGCGUGGUGACUCCGCAGUGGUUCUGCUCUAACUGCCAGGCGCAGUACGAGACGGACGGCAUCGAGACUGCCCUGGUGGAGGCUCUGCAGAAGAAGCUCAUGACCUACACCCUGCAGGACCUGAUCUGCACUAAGUGUAAAGGGGUCAAGCAGGCCAACAUGCCCAUCUACUGCAGCUGUGCCGGAGACUUCAGCCUCAGCCUGUCCACUAAGGGCUUUUCCGAGCAGAUCAGCGUCUUCCGGAACAUCGCAGCUCACUACAGCAUGCCCUUCCUGCAGGAGAACAUCAGCUGGAUGCUGCAGAUGAACCCUGAGCUGGGCAAGGAGAAGGCAUGACCCCCAAACAGAGCAGCCUGGAACUGCAGUGUGCCCCCCGAAACUGGGAAAGGGGGGUUCUGUUUCCCUGUAAUGUAAGCUGGUCCCUUUUUUAAAGGCACUCUCACCAGUACUGCUGGCUCUAUUCUGUGUGAAGCACAGCGCCACAGGUACAUAUGUCUUUUUGUAUUGUUGGUUGCUGGGCGCAGGACUGGCUACUGUGUACAGUGUGGUUUGAGGUGAAGGGAGAGGUUCAGACCUGGCUGGGGUUACUGCAGGAAUUUCUGUAUAGUCUUCUAUGUAAAGGUGUGUGUGUGUGUUUGAUUUAUUUUGAUUCAGUAAGUCUGUACAAGCCUUAAGGAACUGGCCUUUCUGCUUUGUCCAAAUCGAACAGCUUUUACUGGCAAGGCAUCCAAUGUGGGUACUUGUUUUAUUUAUUUUUUUGUGUAUUUGUGAUACAUGUUUUUGAAAGAAAACGACUCCAAACUUUUAUAUUGAAUUCAGAUUUAAUCUGAAGCAGUGUGUUUAAAAAAAAAAAAAAUAAUAAUUUAAAAAAGACAAUAUAUUAAAACAAUAUAUUUUGUUGAGCAUACCUGUAAAGAUUUCUAAAUGAUCUUGCAGAUUUUUAAAACUGCUCUGAAUGUAAGUAAGUUUCACAGUAAUCCAGAAGGAUUUUGUUAAAUAUGUCACAUUCAGUUUGUGUACCAUUAUUCUCAACCGGAGCAAGCAGUGCCAGGCAAGAGCAGAUGGAUUGCUUGGAUUCGCAGUAUGGCCGG